AUGACUCUAGAUACUUUGCCCUUUAUUUCACGUCGUUCUGCUGUGUAUGGUACCCAUGGAAUGGUUGCUAGCUCGCAACCACUUGCAACGCAGGCAGGUGUCGAUAUUCUCAAGAAAGGAGGAAAUGCAGCUGAUGCAGCUGUUGCAGUUGCUGCUGCUCUUAAUGUUACAGAACCCGCGUCGACCGGCAUUGGUGGCGAUGCAUUCUGUUUGUUUUACGAUGCCAAAACUCGCAAAGUCCGUGGUUUGAACGGUUCUGGAAGAACUCCAGCUGCCCUCACCAUUGAGUAUCUCCGUGAAAAAGCCAGUCUUCAUGGCUCUUCGCUCCCUAAUUAUAGCGUCCAUGCGGUAACUGUACCUGGUGCCGCAGCUGCGUGGGUUGACACGGUCGAGCAUUUUGGCUCUGGAAAGGUGGAUAUGGCUACUGUCUUGCAGCCUGCUAUUGACCUUGCCGAGAACGGUUUCCCAGUGUCGCACAUUUCAGCACGAUCGUGGAAAGAAGAGGAAAAGACCCUCAAAGAAUUAAACACCACCAAAGAUAACAUGCUUAUUGACGGCGUUCGUGCACCUGCCGAGGGCGAUAUCAUGCAACUAACGAACCUUGCAGAAACCUACAAAGCCGUUGCUGCUCAGGGCAAAGAUGCGUUUUACAAGGGACGCAUUGCCGAUGCUAUUGUUGAUGCUGUCAAGUCUCGUGGAGGCUUGAUGACACACGAAGACCUUGCUUCACACACGUCCGAGUUUGUCGACCCAAUCUCCAUAGAUUAUCAUGAUUGGACCGUCUGGGAAAUCCCACCCAAUGGUCAAGGCAUCACUGCAUUGAUUGCACUUGGUAUUAUCCGUGCCUUGGAAGAGCAACAUGGAUUGAAUCUUGCCAAACUCGAGCACAACUCGGCAGAGUACUUGCAUAUCAUUAUUGAAGCACUGCGUUUGGCAUUUGCUGAUACCCGCUAUUAUGUAACUGAUCCUCAAGUGCUGCCUGUGCCAACUGAAAAGCUCUUGAGCAAAGAGUAUCUCUCAGAACGUGCUAAAUCGGUGGAUUUGAAGAAGCGAAACGACAAGGUCGAAAAAGGAUACCCAGACGAGACUAGUAAUACCGUUUACUUUUCUGUCGUGGAUGGAGAAGGCAAUGCCUGCAGUUUCAUUAACUCAAACUUUAUGCACUUUGGAUCUCAUAUCGUCCCUGACAACUGUGGAUUCACGCUCCACAACCGAGGAUGUAACUUUGUACUUAUUGAGGGUCAUCCCAACUGCAUUAACCCCAAGAAGCGACCAUACCACACAAUUAUUCCCUCCAUGAUUACGCGCAAGACACCCUCUGGCGAUCAUGAUCUCGAAGCCUGCUUUGGCGUGAUGGGCGCCUUUAUGCAACCUCAGGGCCAUGUCCAAGUCGUCAUGAACUUACUGCACUACCUUGCAAAUCCCCAGCACGCCCUCGAUCUUCCUAGAAUCUGCAUCGCUCCACCCAAGCCCGACGGCCUGUUAGCAGCCAAUGCAUAUAGCUUUACAGACGUCUCCAGCUCUGUCGUGUAUGUCGAAGACGGUAUUGCUCCUGAAGAAGUUGAAAAGCUCGAAGCCAUGGGCCACACAUGCUAUACCGUCAGAGACCAAGGACGUUCGAUGUUUGGUCGCGGUCAAAUUAUUCGUGCGAAGAAGGAUGCUCAUACCGGCAAACUCGUAUUGGGUGCUGGUAGUGACCCUCGCGGCGACGGACAUGCUGCAGGCUGGUAG